UGCGUUUUUCUCCAUUAGAUUCUGCGCCUCUCUUGACUUUGCCUCUUGUUGUAUUCCAUCAUCCAUUGUACACUAUUUUUCCUCCAUCCAAUCGAUCUCUUUACAAACCCUAUAACCAUUUUGCAAUAAUCAGCUAUGACGCUUGGCUCAGGAGGAUCUAGUGUCGUGGUCCCUCGGAAUUUCAGAUUACUUGAGGAACUUGAACGCGGUGAAAAGGGUAUUGGAGAUGGGACCGUGAGCUAUGGGAUGGAUGAUGGAGAUGAUAUCUAUAUGCGUUCCUGGACUGGCACCAUUAUUGGUCCUCACAAUUCCGUUCAUGAAGGUCGCAUUUAUCAGUUGAAGUUAUUCUGCGACAAAGAUUAUCCAGAGAAGCCACCAAGUGUCCGAUUCCAUUCUCGAGUUAAUAUGACGUGUGUCAACCAUGAGACAGGAGUGGUGGAACCAAAAAAGUUUGCUUUACUUGCAAAUUGGCAGCGAGAGUACACAAUGGAAGACAUACUGGUUCAGCUGAAAAAGGAAAUGGCUGCUCCUCACAAUCGCAAGCUAGUUCAGCCCCCCGAAGGCACCUAUUUCUAGCACAAGGACAAUAUAUAGGUCCGGUCAACUAUCUGCAGAAUUGUGUUGCUGUGUCAUGACAUUGGAAGUUAAAAUUUACAGGGGAGUGCCUUUAAUGGCUUCUCUCUUACCUCCAAUGGCAUCUUGAUCACUUCUGCUAUCAUCCUUUAUGAACUUUGUCACUGUGUGCUGUUUGAUUAAUGAGAUUUAACGUGUGUCAAACAUUUUACUAGUAAUAGGUUCACGUACUGUCUGAAUCAGUUCUUUGCCUCUUUUUCUCCGCCCUUUUUGCUUGUCAUUUUUAGGCAAGUAUAGUAGUUUUCUGUUCUUAA